GAGAGGGGUCCGAUGUCAAAUAUCAGGGCCACAACCAACAAACCUUCCUCGCUUGGUCUUCCUCUUCCCCUCUUUAGUUGUCUCUCCUUUUCUUCUCUCUCGCGGAUCUAAAUAAAAAAUAUAAAACAUAAAUAAAUAAAGCGAGCACUCACUCUUUUCAAUCGUUGCUUUCUCCCUGCACGGAUCUCUUUUCGCUUCCCGAUCUCAUACGAAGCCCUUGAGAGAAAUUUCUUUCCUUUCUCUCUCCCCCCACUUUUUACUCUCCGCUAGGGUUUCCAAAAAAAAACUAAUCAAGCAAAAAUAGAACGAAAGGAAUCAAAUCUCAGAUUGUGUCAAAGUCUUUUGGAUGACCUUGCUAAGACUACUGAAUUAUGACAUCAAGUAUGUUGACCGGAGAUCGCAGAUAUGCUCCUUCAAGAAGAGGUGGCAUGACAAGUUUGGGGAAGAUUGCUGUUCCCAAACCAAUAAACCUACCCAGCCAAAGGUUAGAAAAUCAUGGUCUGGACCCGAAUGUUGAAAUUGUGCCCAAGGGUACCCAUAGCUGGGGCACUAGAUCAUCUUCUUCCACUCCUAAUGCCUGGGGUUCUUCAACGCUGUCUCCAAAUACUGAUGGUGGUAGUGGUUCACCAAGCCAUCAGAGUGGUCGCCCCUCAUCUGGUGGAAGUGGCACUCGACCAUCAACUGCAAGCAGUGAUAGAACCCACGAUCCCAUUGCUAGUGCAUGGGGUACAAAUUCUAGGCCAUCUUCAGCAUCAGGAGCUUUGACAUCAAGUCAAACAUCAUUUACAUCAUUGCGUCCUUGCAGUGCAGAAACAAGACCUGGUAGCUCGCAGUUAUCCCGUUUCGCUGAGCCCUUAUCUGAUAAUUCAGUGGCAUGGGUUGCAACUGGAACAGCAGAAAAGUUGGGAGGGACAUCCUCUAAGAAUGAGGGGUUUUCUUUGACUUCUGGAGAUUUUCCAACUCUUGGUUCAGAGAAAGAGCACUCUGGAAAAAACACGGAGUCCCAAGACCAUGAUUCUUACAGUCGUCCUGGUUCAUCAUCGGAUGGAGUAGCUCCGGGGAAAGAGAGUGCUGAAAAUUCUGCAGGUGAUGCUUCUAUAAACACAAAUGCAAAGAUGGAACCUGCAAAUUCUUGGAGAAGAGAGAAUCCCAUGUGUGGUGAAGAUGGGUCGAGGCCUAGCAUGGAGAAGUGGCACCCUGAUCACCAAUUGUAUCCUAAUUCUAAUAUUCGCCCACAGAAUUAUGAUUCUUGGCAUGCCCCCCCUGUAAAUAAUCCUCCAGGUGGCGUUUGGUACAGAGGACCUCCAGGUGGUCCACCUUUUGCGCCGCCAAUAGCACCUGGUGGCUUUCCCAUGGAGCCAUUUCCUUAUUACUGUCCGCAGAUUCCACCUACUGCUCUUGCCAACCCACAACAAGGUCCUCCACCAGGACCUGGACCAAGAGGACCCCAUCCAACAAAUGGAGACAUGUACAGACCCCACAUGCAUGAUGCGUUUAUGCGUCCAGGCAUGCCAUUUCGUCCAGGUUUUUAUCCUGGACCAGUUCCUUACGAGGGCUAUUAUGCUUCUCACAUGGGCUACUGCAACUCCAGUGAUCGAGAUAUUCAGUUUAUGGGAAUGGCAGUGGGUCCUGCUCCAUAUAACAGAUUUUCUGGUCAAAAUGCUCCUGAUCCUGGAAAUUCCCAUGGAAGGCCAGGUGGAUAUGGUCCUCCUAGUGGUCACACAAUGGUUCCAGAACAACUGGAAUCUGGUCAUCCACAAGAUACUCGUGGACCAUACAAAGUUCUUCUGAAGCAGCAUGAUGGUUUAGAGGGAAAAGACGAACAGAAGUGGGAUGACAUGAUGGCAACCAAUGCAUCAUAUCCUGGGAAGGCAGACCAUCAAAGAAAGUCAUCAUGGGAGAAGGGCUGGAGUGCAGAUGAGAAGAACAAUAAAGAGAGGAAUACAAGAAGAAUUGGCGAAGAAUUUUCUUCCGAGGCCAGUGGCAACCAAGGAGGUGCUAAAGUGAAACCUCUUGAACAUAUAGGAAAUUGGAAGGCAGCUGAUGACAGUUCAGUUAAGAAACUGGAACAUGCAGCAUCUGGUUUUCCAGAAGUUUCAACCGCCCCAAAGGAUCCUAGUCUAAUCCGGAAAAUAGAAGGUUUAAAUGCAAAGGCCAGGGCCUCUGAUGGAAGGCAAGAAGUUAAAUUUGCUUCCGGUAGGGAGGAGCAUAAGAAUAGAUUACAAGGUGGUAAUGCCAGGUCUAAUCACUCUGCAAAUGAAGCUGGUAAUAGUUAUGCAUCUCUUGAAAGAACUCAUGUCUGUGGCAUUAGCGACGCUGCUUCCCAUGAAGACCGCAUUUCUGCUGCAGAUAAGAGCCAUGAGGUAACAGAUGCUAUCGGAACAGCAAGCUCCAGGAGAUCAACUCAUGGUAUGCAUGGGAGACCUGAUCAUCAUGGUAAAGGGAGAUUCAGUACCCAAGAGGCUGAAGGGUGGCGGAGAAGAUCCCAUGUUGCAGACAUGCCGAGUGUAUUGUCGUCUUCUCAUUUUGAAAAUUCUAAUGUUCAUAGGCAAGACCAUAGUCCUACAGAGGCAACUGAAAAGUCUGGGUCAUAUCAUCAAGGGAAGGAUGAUGGAGAAUCUGUGCUACCUCACCCUGAUCCGUUUUUAUCUAUCAGCAUCUUUAUUUGCUAUUGUUUUUUUAAUCAGCGUGCUAAGAUGAAAGAGCUAGCCAUUCAACGGGUUAAACAACGUGAGAAGGAAGAGGAGGAACGUGCUAGAGAUCAAAAGGCCAAGGCACUUGCAAAACUGGCAGAGUUGAAUAAGCGGACUAAGGCAGCGGAGGGUUUAAGCGAGGUGCUGCCAGGGAUGCCGAAGGCCACCCACAAGGAAUCUGUUGUGAUACAUGACCAAUUGGAGCCAUUGCAACAGGAUGUUAGUCGUGCUGAUGGUGAUCACCCUGAUAAUGCCCCACAGACUUGUGACAAUAGAGCUUCCAAGCAGAAGCGUGUGAGCUACAGACAAAAGCAGAAUGGUCCCUUGGAAAAGACUUGCAAUGAUAAGUUAAUGACUUCUAUAAUUGAGGCACCAAAAAAUGCUACUGAUGUAGCAGCCAAUGCUCCUGUUUCUACCGAGGGUGCAAAUGAAAUGACCACAAGCCCUGAAUCGACUUUGCCCAUCAACCCAACUGCCAUGACCGAGUCUUCAGUACAUCAUGGUAGAAGAAAGAGCAAAAAUGGAAAGAACAAGUUCAAAGUGGAGGAGGCAUCAUCUAUGGCAGUAGUUGUAACGGCAACCCUAUCAAAAGAAAUAACUGCUAUAGACAUUUCAGUUGAAAGUAGUAAGUCCAAGGCUUCUGAAUAUGUGUCAGAUCCAAGCUCCCAGACUGAUUCUAGAGAUGGAAAUCAGUCUUUGGAUCAACGCACAUCAUCACCAAAUGAAGAAGUUCAAGGCAGAGUAAAUAAUCAGUGGAAAUCUCAAUAUUCUCGCAGGAUGCUGAGGAAUCCACAAGCUAAUAAAUCAUCUGAGAAAUUCCAAAGUGGUGAUUGUGUUAUCUGGGCUCCCGUGCGGUCGCACAAUAAAAUUGAGGCUACUGAUGAAGCCAGUCAGAAGACUCUGGCUGAUGCCAUUAGUGAACCCAUGAAGAGUGAUCAGCAAGUGCAGAAUAAUAGAAGAAAUAAACGGGCAGAAAUGGAAAGAUACAUUCCGAAGUCUGUAGCCAAAGAAAUGGCUCAGCAAGGAAGUAGUCCCCAUUCAGCGGUGCCAUUAAUCAAUCAGAUUACACCAGAUGAGACUGUUGGAAGACCUGAAUCUCAUUCUCUGGGCAAUGAAAGUUCUCAAAGCACUGCCACAGGUAUGGGAAAGGUAGUAUCCAUUUUAGAAUCUAAGAAUGGGGAUGGCAGGCAAAAUAAGUCAGGAAAAAGGUAUGGAUCAUGGCGCCAACGGGGUUCAUCUGAAUCAACUUUGUCUUUUACAAGUAAAAAUGUUCAAACAUCAAUUGAGCAUCAAGUCCAGAAACCUGAUGUAAGUUCAGCGAAAGAGCAACUGGGUCAUUCUGAUGAAUGGAGUGACUCUGAUGGUUGGAACAUUCCUGAAAAAUCUGAGGUGCCCAUCACUGUCCCUGCUAUAGAAGAUCAUGGUGCAACAGCCAGAGCUAGGCGGCCAUCAUACAGGGGACAUAAAGGCACGGGAUGUAGCCAUGAUCCUGAUGAGAAGAGAAUUAAUACUGGGGACGCUGAAAAGGUUCAUGUCCAAACUUUAGGUUCAGAGAUGCAUCAAGCAGACUUGGCUGCAACUUCAAAAGAAAAUUGUGCUGUUGGGGAACGACUAACAUCUCAUUGGCAACCCAAAUCCCAGCCAAUUUCAGCAACUAAUCAUCCAGGAAGCAGGGCCAGUGGUGGUCAGAACACAGGCUCUGAAGUUGGUAGGGGUAAUAAAAAGGAUUCCACUUCUCAAAAUGGUAUGCCAGUUCUGUCUCAACCUGGCAAGGAUAUUGCUGCAGAGGCCCAGUCCCAUCCUGAUGGCUCUCUGUCUGCAAGGAGCAAUUUGGAAGAAGAUCCUAGCACUGGGCAUCAAGAGGGUAAGAAGGAAAGGAAGAUAGCAUCACAUAAAGGACAUCUGGCUGAACCAUCUCCUUUGAAUAUGGAUUUUCAACAACGUGUGUCUUCAGGGUUCCGAAAAAAUGGAAACCAAAACAGCCGCUUUGGCAGAGAGCAUGAUUCUCGUGGUGGCGAGUGGAGUGGUUCUGGUAAAGAUAACGAGUACCAUAACCAUGAAAGGCAGAGACAUAAUUCACAUUAUGAGUACCAGCCAGUAGGGCCUCAAUAUAAUAACAAAGCUAACAAUGAUGAAUCUUCCAAAGAUGGUUCUCAUAAUUCAGUUGCAAGGUCCAGGGAGAGAGGUCAGAGUCACUCAAGGCGUGGUGGGGGGAAUUCACAUGGGCGGCAACCUGGUGGUGCUCGAGGCGAUGCCAAUUAUGAUUAGGGGUGAAACUCUUGAACGGGCUCUGGUGUGUCAAAAACAAUGCCUCCAAUAAAAGUUUUGAGAUGAUCUCUCGCACUCAGGGCUUGGAGCAAACAAAAUGGCAUCGCAAAAAAAGAAAAGAAGAGAUAGAGAGGCGACUAGGCAGGAGGCACUCGGAUAUGGUUGAUUUAUUUUCUUAUUUUUCAAAUGUAUUUGAUCAGAACAGUGUUAUUUUGUCGCAGUGUGUUUGCUGUGGAACCCUAGAUAUGUUUUGAGCGGUGUAUCUAGUGAUCAAUAUUCUCCUUCAUAUGAACACUAGAAAGAAUGAAGUAGAGGAGCUUUUCUGGUUCUCCCACUUUAUCUCAAUCUUCCA